AUGACCACAACAGCGACAGAGCUCAUCUUUCUCGGAACAGGGACGUCUAGUGGAGUGCCCUCUAUACCAUGUCUGACGAAGACCAAGCCGACAUGCAAAGUCUGCCUUUCUACGCUCACGCCUGAAGGUGCCAGGAACAUUAAACGCAACACAAGUGCCAUGGUCCGCUUUAUGCACGAGGAUGGAAGGGAGAGUCAGGAGCUGGGUCCAGUAGCUAAUCUCGAUGAUCACGAUCUCAAUAGGAACAUCUUGAUUGACUGUGGAAAGAGCUAUUACGAAUCAGCAAGGCAAUGGUUUCCGAAACAUGGGAUCCGAAGCGUCGAUGCGCUGGUCCUGACUCACGGACACGCGGACGCGUUCUUUGGGCUGGACGAUCUCCGAUCUUGGUGUUUGGUUGACAAGGAAAACUCCUAUAGCAUCCCUGUCUAUUUGGAUCAGGCAACUAUGGACACCAUCGCGGUUACGUUUCCAUAUAUGGUUGAUCCUUCCAGAGCUACAGGAGGCGGAGAUAUCCCUUCGUUCACUUAUCACGUCAUUGAACAUGACAAAGACUUUGAGGUUGAAGGUCUCAAGUUCACACCAUUACCAGUGCACCACGGAAUAUACAUGUCUACGGGUGAGCCAUUUUGGUCCCUCGGCUUCCGAUUCCAUGACCUGAGUUGGGUCUCGGACUGUUCCAGCAUACCUGACACCACGACUGCAAAGAUCCGUGGCUCAAAAGUCCUUGUCAUUGAUGGACUGAGAGAAACGACGCACCCGUCGCACUUCAGCAUCCCGGAGGCACUCGAAUACACCAACAGUCUGGACCCUAAGCCGGAGCGUGCUUUCAUUGUCGGAUUUUGUCAUUCUGCAGAUCAUUACACAGAGGAUAAGAGGAUGUGCGCCCUCGAUGUAAAGGGUGCUACGGAAUUCAGGAUUGCCUACGAUGGACAAAAGAUUACUAUUUAA